UGCUACAUCGCUGACUACAAUUCUCUUACUGUGACGACUAAAACCACCGCAAAACCUAAUGCGACGUUUCUGAUUUCCUUGUAACUAUUACAGCUCCGAGAAAAUGCAACGUUAAUGGCGUUCUUCAGGUCACUGAAAUCCCUCCUCAGACACAAGGAAUCUAGGUCGUUCUUGAAUAUCUGCGCCUCUUCUACUCCAUUUCCUUCUCCGUUUCCUCCUCUGUCGUCGAUCUUCUUUUGCCCUCCUUCCUCCCCAGCAUUUACUGUUUCGGCGCAUCCUUUUUCACUUGCCUUUCGUCUUACUUCAUCAUCUCACUCGAGGUUUCUCUCACCGUUCUACAAAUGGAUUCCGUGUCCGGGACCUUUGUUUCUAUCUUCUCCCCCAUGGAAGCUUUUGCAGUCUGCCACUCCCUUGUAUCUUCAUGGAAAAAUCGUUAUGUCAAAAGCGGAUUCUUUGAAUCUGCUUGAAAGAAGGAGUUUUCCUAUUAAACUAGGGUUUGGUUCGACCGCAUCCUUCCCAAGAUUGGUUAAUGAGAUUGAUCAGAAGUUAUUGUUCAAGGGACAUGACAUCGGUGGUGUUCGUGACACUUCUGCUGAGAAUUUUGUUAAUUUGCCGAAUUUGAUUUCAUUAAGUCGAUUAGUUUCUGGUCCUUUGCUUGGAUGGAUGAUCAUAAAUGAGUGGUAUCUUUCUGCAUUCGUGGGGUUGGCGAUAUCUGGAGCAACUGACUGGCUAGAUGGCUACGUGGCUAGGAAGAUGGGCAUAAAUUCAGUGGUUGGAUCAUAUCUUGAUCCCCUUGCUGACAAGGUUCUUAUUGGCUGUGUUGCUUUAGCCAUGGUGAAGAACGAUCUUCUCCAUUCUGCACUUGUGGGACUUGUUGUACUUCGAGAUGUCGGACUAAUCAGUGGUGCAGUUUAUAAAAGAGCUAGUAACUUGGGUUGGGAGUGGAGAAGUUGGUCCGAUUUCAUCAACCUUGAUGGAACCCAUCGAGAGAAAGUAGAACCCCUCUUCCUCAGCAAGGUAAAUACAGUAUUCCAAUUGGUCUUGGUAGCUGCUGCUCUUCUUCAACCUGAAUUUGGCACCGAAGAAACUCAGCCAUACAUUGUGUACCUGAGUUGGUUGGUAGCUUCAACUACAGUAGCAUCCACAGUGGCAUAUGGAGUACAACACCUGAGAACUGGGUCAGUAUUAGCUGGUAGAGGAUCCUCCCUGAGCAAAUCGCAGUAAUAUGAAAUUCAGUCUACUACUGACCUUCACAAAGAAACCACCGGAGUUGAAAUGCUACUCUUGAGUUCAAGGAACCUAAAGUGGGGUAUUUUGGAUUUGGCAUUUAUGCUGCUACUAACUGACAAACACUUACCAGAGGGAGAGAGAGAGAGAUUAGAAGUAUGUGAGCUUCUCAAAGAAAGCUGCAAGCCCAAUGACUACAGGGUGGUUUAUAAUCUCUUCAUCAUUGGUUGUGAUUGGACCAUGGGAGAAAGCCAUGUUCAAGGGAGCUAUAACUUGAAUCUCACAAAUAAGGAAGUUAGGAGCCGAAUUGGCAGGCAAUAAUCUGAGUAUUCUCACAGAACAAGGUGAACACUUGUAAAACUGAAAUUUACUCAUGUAUCUUGUGAAAAUUUUGAUGUCAAAAGUUCUUGGCAAUCUGUAAGAACCUUUUGUUUCAUAUUAUAACAUGAAUUCUUUCAGCC